UAUAUUUCUCAACAAUAAUUAAAACAUUAACCAUUAAGUAGUUAUAUGCAUUUCAAAAAAGUACAUGAUGGUAAUUUUUGCAAAAUUACUGCUAGAUUGCAACAUUGUCGUCUGAAUUUUCACAAAUUCCUUCAUCGAACAUUCAUGAAACAUCGGAAAUAUUCUUCAGAUAUGAUUCUGUUGUGUGCAACAUCUGCAGGACUGUGCAUGUGCAUCACCAGAGGGCGCGUGCACUGACUGAACACGAGGACUGCUCUACUGCUCCAUUACAAUGCCAAUAAUAUGGUCAUAUCUGCAAUUUCUGUACCAUUGAACUCAAGGAAACAGUAUAUAUUUGCAGUAAUCGGCACAUGGACGUUUCCAUCUGAAUGCAGCGCUGGUGUUGCGUGUUAAUGUAAUGCAUCUGUGUUCCUCGCGCAGAGGCUGCUUUUGAAAUACACGGGAAGACCAGGAAACCAAAGGAUUCCAUAAAGGAUUUGUGUGCAAUCCAAAACAUCAUCUCAUAAAUAUAAGCUUGACUGGAGGCCAGACCAGAUGGCUUUCAUGUCCAGACUGUCUCGGUCACGGAGUAAUUCCAGGUCUCCCAGCAGAAAGGACUCGGAGAAGGGCUGUCCUGUACUCACUGUUUCUGAACUUGAGCGUCUGCUGUACACGGGGAAAACCGCCUGUAAUCAUGCAGAUGAAGUGUGGCCAAGACUCUACAUAGGUGACCAAGAAAUUGCCUCAAACCGCAAAGAACUCAUCAAGCUGGGGAUCACACACAUCCUCAACUGUGCUCAGAGCAAAUGGAGAGGCGGCGCAGAGCAUUACGCUGGCAUGAACAUCACGUAUCACGGCAUUGAAGCCCACGAUUCGCCCUCCUUCGACAUGAGUGUGAACUUCUACCCAGCGUCCGAGUUCAUUCACAGAGCUCUUAGUACUGGAGGAACGGUUCUUGUGCAUUGUGCCGUCGGGGUGAGCCGAUCUGCUACGCUGGUUCUGGCCUACCUCAUGAUCCGGCAGAACAUGACUUUGGUGGAGGCCAUCAAGACCGUGAAGGACCACCGUGGCGUAACACCGAACCGCGGUUUCCUGCGUCAGCUCAACGGUCUGGACAGCGUUCUGCGUGCCAGCCGCAAUGCAACAUAAACUCACUGGUAGCAUUUGAACUUUCUGGCCCAGGCCUUGACCUAAUGCAUUUGUAUUUGCAGUAAAUAAGAGCAGAAUGUCUUUACAUACAGUGAGUUUAUUCCAGCUGUUCAGUACAAAUGCCUUAUUACAUCAGGAACUCUAGAAAAGUACAUAAUGCCUUAUUCACUGUUAACCGUUCACAUCUGUUCACAUGACCACCCACUGAAAUGUUGCUGUGUUAAUCGCCGUAGAGAAGUGACCCACGUGUUUUCGUUAAAGCAAGCAGGGAUGCUUAAGAAGCCUUUCGCACACAACGUGUUUUUGAGACGUAGGGCAGUGGAAUUAAAAAAAAGAACAAAAAAGGUGCAGAUAGUUGAACUUUUAAUGCUGCGUUUUUAGAACGAAAUGUCAUGCGCAAACUGCUGCAAAAGACCUGAGCGCAAUGGGCAAAUUCAUCCGUCUAGCGCAUGUUUACAAGGAAAAACAAUGUAAAAGCAGCACAGUGGGAUGCAAAAUAUCUGUGGCAUUUACAGAACUAGAGACGUGUUUUUUUAAAAGUUGAAAUUCUCGACUCGAGAACGCCGUGUCAUGCAUGAAAUGCUGCAAAAGACACCAGAUGCUAGCGCAACAGUCAAACGUGUCCGUCUAGUGCAUUUACAUAGAAAAACAAUAGAAAAGCAGUGCAGUGGAAUGCAAAAUGCAUUCUGUGUGAAUGGCCCCCAAGCCUGGUCUAAGCCUGGUUUAUGUUCAACACAAAUUCACUAAAAAUGGUGCUUUUUUACAGUUAAAAAAAUGGUGCUUUUUUCACAGUUCAAAUGGGUCAUUUGAAUAGAAUUUCAGCUCGACAAAAUGUUCCAGGAUCAGAUUAGAUUGUGAUAGAUUUUACAAACUAAUGUGCUGGAAACAAAUAUGGAAAAUAAAAACAUCUGUCAUCUUGAACAGAUCUUAAGCCAGCACCACUAUUGCUUUUGCUCAUACCAUAAGGUUAAAGAUUUAGAUAAAAAGAGAAAACAAAUAUUAAACUCUGGCAACAUUUCAGCUACUUACAUAAACAAUACAGCAAAAUGUGCAACUUGUCCUUGGUUUGCACAUGUUGGAUGACCAAAAAAACAUUUGUGACCUUGUGACCACCCAUAACAAUCUAGUGAGCCACACAGAAUUGCCCGAGCAACUGUAUAGCAGUGAUCUAGUAACCAUCCACAACACCUUUGUAACCACCUAGAAAUCCUAAGGGGCCAUUUACACAGAACGCAGUUUUGCGUUUAAAAACACGAGACGCGGAGUAGUGGAAUGGGGGAAAAUGCAAGGUCCAGAGAUCCAGCAAUCCAGCUGUUAACUUGAGCGCUGCGUUUUUAGAAUGCUGGGUCCACGUUUAACACUAGCUGUGUCCCAAUUCAGAGGCUGCAUCCUUCAAAGGCUGCAUUUGAAUGCUGUCCCAAUUCAAAGGCUGCUUCAAAUGCGGCCUCCAAACGCGGCCUUCGUUUCCUGUGAAAUGAAGGAUACAAUAGAUGGAUCUUUCGCUGCCUUGCCUACCACAGAAUUCAUUGUGCACCUUUGACGACAGGAUUUUUUUUAGAGAAAUUGCUGAAUUACACUUUCAAACGUAAAUAUUGGGUUUCAACUUACUCAAAUAUCUAAUGAUACAAAUGAAAAAAAAAAAAACUUUAAAGUGGUUCAAAUGUUGACAUAUCUUAGACACGAUCACAUAUAGUUUAUACUCUACUAUAUACAGAAAUGGUUCAUGGUGGACAUUUAGACAGUUUGUGAACCCUGUUUUGCUUUCAGACAGUUGAAUAUAAUUUUCAAAAAAGUCCAGUACAAACGUUACUGCCACUCAUCAACGGAAGCUAUUACAGUUGCUAGGUGACAAGAACAAUCCUCCAUAAGCUAGACCAUCCCAUUUAAUAACGCUCGGUCUGACCUUUGCGGCCUUCAAAGGAGUGGCCUUUAAAGUCCGAGUCCUUUGAAGGAUGCAGCCUCUGAAUUGGGAUGCAGCUAAUGACUGAAAAAUGUGUGAGAUGCAAGCGCAACAGUCAAAAAUGUCUGUCUAGCCGCGCAUGUGUACAUAGACAAACUGCUUUUUUUUGUGUGUGUUGUGGAAUAGAAAAACUCAAGGUCUAGAGAUGCGGGGCGUUUUUAAGUUGAACUUUUAACUUUAGCGCUGAUUCUUUAGAACACUGCAAAAGACUUGAGAUGCACAGUGGCAUGAAAAAAAAAUGCAAGGUCUAGAAAUGCUUUUUUUUUUUAAGUUUAGCUGCUUUUAAAUUUAAAGUAGUUUUAAAAAUGUUUUUUAGAACAUCUUGACACAUGCGAGACACUGCAAAAGGUGCAAAUGCAACAGUCAAACACGUCAGUCUAGCAUGUUUAUAUAGAUAAACAAUGGAAAGCAGUGCAGUGGGAUGCAAAUACGCGUUCUGUGCGAACAAUGCAUUGGCAGCUGCCACCAGUUUUGUCAGGUCUGUGCAACAAAAGUAUCCCAAUGGCCAGUCAAAAGUAGCCCAAAAAAUAGCCCAAUGUGAUUUUCUUCAUCGGGCGGCCAAAUUCUCCACUGAAUUUGUACAUCUGGGCCCCAAGUUUUGGGGGGUGUUGGAGUGCCGAAAUCAUACAUAGCCUACGGGGGUGGAAAUCAACCCACGGAAAAAUGUUUUACCAUGGCAACAACUUAAAAGUAGCCCAAUUCCACAGGAAAACCUUGGACUUGGCAACACUGACUGCCACAGACCCCACAUCAAUCACAACAAACUAGUGACCAUAUAGUAUUACAAUAUUAACUAGAUAGAACUCCCUAACAACCACCUAGAAACACCCUAGUUGCCUAGCGGUACCAUAGCAACUUUGGAAGCUUAUUUCAAAAAAUAAAAAGGUAAUCAAAUAAAAAAGGUAAUCGAGACUUUUCUCACAAUUGUGAAUUUAAAUCUCAUAAUUUUAGUUUUCUCAUAAUUGCGUGAUAUAAACUUACAAUUAUGAUAAAAGUCAGUCUUUUUUCCUAAGAAUUUGACAUUAUAACUUGCAAAUUACUGAGAAAAGAAGUCAGAAGUGGGAGAUAUAAACUCCCAAUUGUGAGAAAAAAGUCAGAAUUAGUGUUACGUGUCCUAACCAGACACGAUGCCAUAAGAUUCCAGCGACGAGAAAUUUGACUGUCCACUCUAGACGCGACGCGACAGUGAGAAGCGAUAAAAUCAAUCAAAAACCACAGCCAAGAAGAGAGUGUGGGCGGGCUCUCACGGCAAGAUCACAGCAGACACAAUGAAACGGGCAAGUACAUAGUAAAAUUCAUAAAUAUUACACAAUUUAAACAUUAUUUAAAGUACAUACGGAGUGACUUAACCAAUCUUUGUCAUAGAAUACACUUGUUUGUUUGCAUUGAGUUGACAGUUUGAACGUUCUUGUGCCUAUUUAUUAAUUUUCAAGAUCUGAGGUGAAUUAGCCAGUGUUGUUUUCAUUACAGCUAAAAAGCCGGGAACACAGAAUGACAUUCAAACUCACGUUAGACGCUUUUAACAUUAAAUAAAGCACAUACACAGAACCUGAUAUUAUCAUUGCCAUACUUUGUGUUGAUGUUUCAGCCGCGACGUCGCGGAGAAAUAGAAACCGUUUCUAAAAUAGAAUAUUCGCGUGUAGCGGCUGGUUAGGACAAAAACUCAGAUUAACAUGGAAAAGAUACCUUUUAUUGCAUGUCGCGGCGUUAGUCAAAAAUGUCUAUUUACAACAUGUUUUUGAGGCGUCGAUCAAUUGAGCCAAUCCCAGACAUAACGUUAUCUGUUGAGUGCGUGAACACAAUGGCCAAUCAGAUGUGUUUAUAUGGCGUUAUUUUACUGUCAAUUGUCGAGAGCACAUUAUUGUGAC